CAUCCUAUCUUGAUUUAGACUUUGAUUAUUUUUCUGCUAUUUCGAAAAACGAUGAACAAAUUCUCCGCAAGUAUGGAUCCGCAGAUAUGAACCCUUCUCAAAAAGCCUGUUAUUUAAGCCAUUAUUCUAUCUAUAAAGAAAUAAUUGACAAGGGCUAUAAUAAUGCCUUAAUUUUAGAAGAUGAUGUGGACUUUGAACUUAACAUUACUGCUAUUAUGACUGAUAUUCAUCGUGAUUUACCUGCUUCUUGGGAAAUGUUGUACAUAGGCCAUUGCUUUGAAGGUGUUGGUGAACAAGUUGGAAAAAGUUCUUCUGUACAUAGGCUAUAUAAAUCUUUGGUUCCUUUGUGUACACAUGCUUAUGCAGUUUCGUAUUCAGGUGCUCGCAAACUAAUAGAGCUCGUUGAUCCUGUGAUUCCACGUGGGACGAUUGAUUAUUCUCUUAGUGUAGUAAUCAAAGAUAGGAAAGUCAACUCAUUCGAU